CCACGAGUUAGCCCGCCUGCGAGAUGGCCAACAACAAUCACCCGCAUCCCGGGCACCUUAGCCAGGCGGCGCAGAAUCCCUCCUGGAACCCACUGCAAAUACCGUCGUACAUUCCCCGGCAGCCGCAGUUGGCCCACAUGUCCAAUGAGCGACCCGGCAUGGUGCGUUCGCCGCUGGCCUGGCACGGCUCCGUAUCUGCCCAGCAGCCACCGCCACCCCCGCCGCCCGAUGCCAUAUACAAUUUCAUGUCGGCCAAUCAUAAAAACCUGGACCACCAUCAUCAGAUGAAUCCUUUGCUGGCACCGCCUUACUCAGGAACAUUGCCUUUCGACUCCAUGGACCUGUCAUUGCAGUCCGCCCGCAGUGCGGCCCAACCGCUGGCCAAGCAGCCGCCCAGCCAGCAGCAGCAGCAAUCGCUGAUGCAUGCCCCCAAUUAUCCAUCAAUUCAAAAUCUCACAACCAACGCCUCGCCCAACAGCGCACAGCAUCAGCAGCAGCAACAGGGUCACCUGGCAGCCAUGGCUGCUGCCCAUGCCAGUCUUCUGCAGUCGAGUGGAUCCACUAGCAUGAGCAAUGGAGGCGUUUGCGAGUCCCUGCUGCCGCCACCGCCGCCUACAAGUAGUGCCUCGGGAAAUAGCAGCAAUCAUGCGGGGAGCAACAGCAGCAGCAGCAGUGGGAGCAACAACAACAUACCCAGCCCGCAGUAUAUGCAUUCUCGCGAUGAAAACUUCAAGCUGGCACAGCUAAAGCGCAGCUUUGACCACGAACACCUCUCGGGAAAGGCUCUGCAGAAGGACAAGGACUGCGGAGGCUACCCUGGAGCGGGAACAGCCAGCAAACUGCCCACGCACAGUGUACAGCAGCAGCAACAUGCCAAUAAGAAACCCUCACCCCUACGCAACUAUCACCAGCAGCAGCCGCCCUACAACCUCACACCCAAAUACAAUGGACCACAGACGCCGCCCACUCCUCAAUCGCCUCUGGCUGCCCCGCCGCCCGCCAUGGACUACAAUCAGCUGCAUCUGCAUCAGCAUCAUCACCAACUCAACAGCUCGGGCGGAGGCAAUGGCAGCUAUCAUAACCUGCAGUCGGAUCAACACUUGCACUACCACAAUCAGCAUGUGGCCAGCCAAGGAACAGCUCAGCCACCGCCACUCCUGCCACCGCACUUGGCCAGCGCCCAGUUCCAUGAUGCCCCGCCACAGCUGCCAAGCCAGCAGCAGCAGCAGACGCAUCAUUCCCGCAAUGCUCACCUCACGAAUCUCGAAACCUUGGGUGUCAAGCACAAGCCAGAGGCCGAGGAGCCCACGCCUGUCAUCACCGAUCUGUCGUACCGGAAUCCCGAGGCAGAUAAGCCCACAGCCAACUCAUUGCCAGAUGCCCCGGAGUCGCCCUACCUGACCACCUCGAAUGAGGAGUCCUUGGAGUCCAAUAGCAACAGUAGCAAUAGUCGAAAGCGGCGCAAAAGGAAAUCCAGCAUGGUCAUGCGGGUGACGCCAAACGAAAAUGCACCCGAAGGAAGCAACACCAAGCAGCAGCAGCAGCAGCCUCUGGUUCACCAGGGCAAUAGCUGUAGUCCCAAAAGGUCACCCAAGAACGGAGGCGGAGACUUUCAGCCUUUUAGUAUGCAAGGGCAGACUUCCAACGAAAAGACGCCGCAGGAGAAUGGUCGCGGCAGUGGCUCGCCGGCGCCAGCGGAGAACAGCAGUAGCAACAGCUCCACUUUGUAUCAUGACAACGACAACCCCAAGACCAAGAAGCAGCGGCAGGCCCUGCUGCAGCGGAACCUCACCGAACAGCAACAGCAGCAGCAGCAGCACCGUCAGCAGCAGGAGGAUGAACCUACCAAGAAGCCCACGCCGCCCAGCAUGCCGCCACCGAGUCCGCAGAGCAACAGCAGCAGCAGUAGCUCAAGCAGCUCCAGCGCCAACUCUCACAGCAGUCGCAGCAGUCAGGCGAGCCAGGACAAUCGAAAGGAGCCCAAGGCGGAGGGUCAUAGCCAGAACAAGACCACCACAGACACACCAGCAUCACCAGCUUUAGUCGAACAGGGUGACAUUGAUGCGAAGCCAGCGGUGAGUGUGCACGAGUGCGAUGAGGAGGAGGAACCAGCGGAACCAAACAAAAAAUCGCCAGCGCCAGCAGCUGUUCCACCCAUCAUAGAACCCGAUGUGACCAAGAAACCCUCCCCUUCCGAACCCUGUCCCUUUGGCGAAGUGGAGGAUAAGCUGGAGGAAAUGUUUGCCGGCAUCGAGGAGGAGUCUGAAACCAUUUGCACACCCGAAAAGCAAACAGACGAGACUGUCAACCAUGACUUAAGCGCGCAGCUGGCUCUGGACAGCGCCAAGCCGGAUGAGGCGCCAGCGGAAAAGGUGGAAGCCAGCACAGCAGCAGCAGCUGCCCCGCCUGAGAUACGGCCCAUGGCCACCAAGGCGGCCAUGAAGUCAACAAUGCCCAGUCCCGUGCACAGUCCCGCGCCACAAGCCCGAAGCUCCACCUCGACGCCUCUGACAGUGGCGGAGGAGAGUAAAGACAACACUCCUGCUGCUGCUCCUCCAACAAAGGCCCCCCCAUCCCGGCGACUGCCUCCCCGAAGGCUAUCUAUGGGCAUGGAUGCCUCCUUGCUGCGUUUUAUGAUUGACGACUCGCCGCCAGCCAAGAAGCCGGGACGCAAAAAGAAAGCAGUACUGGACGACGAAGAGGAUGAUGACAAGCCCAGCACUUCAGCAGCGGCUGCGGCGGCCCUAGCAGCUCGUCAGCUAAGCGAGGCGGCAGCUGCUCCAAAGGGAAAGGCUGCAGGUGGGGCCAAGAAAAAGAAUGCUGCAGGCAAGGGCAAAAAAGGAGCAGCGGCGGCAACGAAAGCCAAUGCUAAGAAUGCCAAGCAGAAUGGGAAAAAGUCCGGGAAGAAGCCAGCAAUCACCACCGAUGAGGAUAGCACUCCGGCUCCGACAAACGGCGGUGGAGGCAGUGCAUCAGGUCCCGCCGAGUUGAGAUUCAAGUCGCCCUUCAUCCUCAUCAAGCCGGACGGCAGUGUGAGCAUCAAGAACACUCACAGUGCCGAGGAUGUCAACGAGAAGCAAACCAAGGUAAAGAAGGCGCCGCACGAACGCAAGAACCUGCGAGGCAUGCACAGCUCCACGCUGAGCAACCGCUAUGAUGCGGACACCACCGACUCCACCUGGAUUUGUGUGUUUUGCAAGCGGGGUCCACACAAGCUUGGCCUAGGGGAUCUCUUUGGUCCGUAUCUGGUGACCAGCGAUUGCGAGGAGUAUCGAGCGGCCUUGCAGGCACCUGGUGUCCAGGAUGUGGACGGACUGUUCGUAAGCAAGCGGCGACGGGAGGAUAUGGUAAAGAUGCAGGAGAGAAACCUACCCGUGGUGCCCGCCACUCUAGGUCACAUCAUGCAGGCGCCCAAAAUCAGCAUGGUAAGGAAGCGGAAGCAGACGCACGACAGCACCAUGUCCUACAGCGACGAUCCCAACGACUCGCGCUCCCUCUGCUCCUCUGUGGAUCCGCUGGACUGCAGUCACGAGUCCAAGUUUGUGGAAACUUUCCGUGGGAUGGGCAAGACCUCGGAGCAUGGCUAUGAAGUGUGGCUGCACGAGGAUUGCGCCGUGUGGAGCAAUGACAUUCAGCUGAUUGGAGCCCAUGUCAAUGGUCUAGAUGCGGCGGUGUGGGACAGCACGCGGUACCAGUGUGUUCUGUGCCAGCAAACGGGAGCCAGUGUGUGCUGUUUCCAGCGAAGCUGCAAGGCGGCUGCCCAUGUGCCAUGCGCGAGAUCAGCCAACUGGAGUUUGAGAGAGGAGGAUCGCAAGGUCUAUUGCCAGCUGCACAGCGACAAUCCGGAAUCUGGAGCCACGGAACCCCUGAAAAUGGAGCCCCUAAUGCCAGCUGUGACGGCCCCAGCUCCUGCACCUGCACCGCCGCCCGCGUUCAACGUUCACUCGCUUCCCUGAGUACGCGUGCGCGUCCAGAAAUGCCGCCUGGUCGCCAAGCGUUGAGCGUUGAAGGCACGAUCCCCCCACAUACCCACCCACCCCCCUUUACUUAAGCUUUGUACAUAAGUCUCUCCGACUGGUGGGCAUUUCGUAAUCCAUACGCAAGUUUUUUGUAUAAAUCCGCUGUACAUUUUUAGGCUUUAUACUUAGUUAGGUUUCUCCCCUCCCCCCCAUGCCGCAUCCUUAGUUGUUUAUGUUUAAGUCAAAGUUUAAAUUAUUCUAUCUCGCCCUUGCAUUAGUACCUUUUAGUUUAUAAUUAUAUUUAAAGCCCAAACAAACCCGCUCUGCAUCACCCACAACAAUUGACUAUUGAUAAUUCGAUUUAGUUGAAUUCUGUCUGUAUAAAUACGAAUACUCCAUGCCAUACCACGCGAUAACUAACACUGAGUAAUCACCAUAAGCAGAUACGGGAGACGAUGCACUAACGUUACGUAUAAAUAGAACGAACAUUCGAAGCCCAAUUCAAAAUGGAAUAUUGUAAAACAAUAUAGAUAUAUUGAUAUAUGCAUAUAAUAAUUAUAUUAAUAAUAAUUAUAAUUAUAAUAAUAUUAGAAGUGCUAAUGUACAAGUUAAAGCCAGCAUAAUGAAACCUUGUAUUGUAUUCGUAUCCGGUAAGGUCUGUACGUAUUUGCUGAUAAUUUUAAACUCUAAAGCGUAUAAACAAUAAAAACUUAAUCUCACAAGCAAGACACAA